CCAUUGUGACAGCAUAAAUAUGUAAUUUUAAAUUAAAAAAUGUGGAUGUUACAAAAAAUUUAAGACCUUUUAUUGAUAUAAAAAACCAAAAUAAAUAUAGUUAUAGCUUUUUAAUUUUUUGAAGUUUCUGAAUAAAAUGCGCCCACGGAAAGAAAAGCCUGACAAUCGCAAACGCAAAACAAAUACAGAUAAAUUGCUACGAAAAUCACGAAAUCGGCUAUGCUACCUGAGAAAUGUUAAUCGCAAAGAAGGAUCCGAUAUAGAAGAAACAUUUAACAAUAUUAUUCGAGAUCAUAAGCCUCAAGCGAAGGUCGUGAAACAUUGGAAAUUAUCUCCAAAAGAUUCCUGCGAAGUGUACAAAGACAGGCGUAAGAGGAAAAUUGAAGAUGAUGGCGAGAGUAAUGAGAAUCGUGAAACUAAUGAAGACAACUUAAACAAGACGAAACCUACUAAAAAGCGUGUAAAGAGACGACCAUUGAAAAGGGACAGCCGCGGGCGAUUUCUACCAGAGACAUCAAGUACCAACUGUUCGUGUUCUAAAUGCGCCGAGUCUAUUUAUUCUGAUGACCAGUGAUUUAUUCUUUGAACGAUAUAUUGUUUAUUCUGAAGUUGUUUUUUUAUGACAUAUGUGUGUGUAAUUAAAAUGCUAUAACAUGC